AUGCCUCCUCUUCGUGGCUUUUCCGACAACCCUUUCAGCGACAAGGGUGAUGUGAUCGUCGCAACAACAGCUCUUGUCCAAGCUCUUGAACCAUAUUUCUCACCAGGACAAGCGCGGGUACGAUUACCCAUUUACUCGGGAGCACAUUUCGAUGAAGUAGCGGCCGACCUAGAAGGCUUUGCACGACCCAUCUGGGCUAUAGCUGCUGUGUUCGCAGAAUCUGCCACUACGACGGACCCAACACUACAGACAUACGCGGAGCGCUUGGUAUCAGGACUUGCCAAUGGGGUUGAUCCAGGACAUCCCGAAUACUGGGGAGCAAUAGACGACUGGGACCAACGCAUGGUAGAGGCGGAGGCAAUAUCAUUCGCACUCCUUUUAGCUCCAAAGACAUUCUAUGAGCCAUUAUCAGCUCACAGUCGCAGCCACUUGGUCGAAUGGCUAUCUGGGCUGAAUGGAAAAGUAAUGCCCAAAAACAACUGGCGCUGGUUUAGGAUCUUUGCCAACCUUGCUCUGCAUAGAGUUUGCGGUGUCCCUUACGAGGAUGUGAAACACUUUAUCUGGGAAGAUUUUGCUCUUCUCGACACAUUUCAAUUGGACAAUGGAUGGGCUGCGGAUGGCCCUUGGAGAAAGGAUGCGACCGAUGGAGAGGAAGCGUACGGUCGCCAGGCAGACUAUUAUUCCGGAAGCUUCGCGAUUCAGUUUAGCCAACUGCUAUACACUAUCUUUGCUGCCGACUUGGAUCCUGGGCGUGUAUCUCGAUAUAUCCACCAGGCGAGAGAGUUCGCAGGUCAGUUCUGGAGAUAUUUUGACAAGGAUGGCGCCCCCAUUCCCUUUGGUAGAUCUUUAACAUAUCGGUUCGCCAUGGGCGCGUUUUAUGCAGCAUUUGCCCUGGCUGGAGCCUACGAUUCCUCAAGCCCUUACACAUCUCCUGGAUUUGUCAAGGGAAUGCUCCUCCGUCAUUUGAGGUGGUGGGCCACGCAUUCCGACAAUGUUUUUGCGUUAGACGGAACCCUCACCAUCGGCUACCUGUACCCGAAUAUGUUUAUGUGCGAGGAUUACAACUCGCCACAGUCACCGUACUGGGCUAUGAAGAGUUUUGUCAUGCUAGCACUGGCUAGCAAUGAUGAAUUGUGGCAGGCAGACGAGCUUCCUCAUCCUUUGGCAGCAAUUGAAGAAACGAAGUCACUUGAGUCAGGGGUGAAGCUGCUCUCAGCACCUUUCCAGAUACUGUGUGAUCACCCAGAUGGCCAGCAUCAUUUCAUGAUUUCCGGUGGUCAAUUUUGUGUCUGGCCCCUCAAGGCGACGCAAGCCAAGUAUAGCAAGUUCGCAUAUUCUUCUGCAUUCGGUUUCAGUGUUCCAACUGGGCUAUUGUUGACACAGAUUGCUCCAGAUAGCACCCUCGCUAUCAGUGGAGACGAUGGGGAGACCUGGGUCACUCGAUGGCAGACAACCACCAAUCCUAGGAUUGAGACCUUCACGAUCAACAAUCAGGAUGUGCAAUGUCUACGCAGUGGAUGGAAGCCGUGGCGGUCAGGCAGUAUAGAAAUCGACACACUCGUCAUUCCUCCUUGCGACAAGUGGCCUGAUUGGCAUGUGCGAGUCCAUCGUAUUCGCAAUACUCGGGCUGGAUCUUCCAAUAUAGAAAAGCUUAGACUCGUUGAGGGCGCCUUCUCGAUAGAAGUCAAACAGCCACGUCGCACGCCCACCUUGACGGAGAACUGGGGUGCAACAGAUGGACUGGAUGUCGCCCACGGCGGUCGCAUGGAAUGUGGCACAAGUUGUCUAGUUAUAGGUAAUGGUGAUGCUAGCGGCAUAAAGAACCUGUUCACCUCAGAGUGCUCACUAGAAGGGAAAGUGUUAAAGCCGGAUCCAAACACCAACCUGAUGACUCCGCGAACGUUGAUCCCUACUCUAGAGCAUGAGAUCCUCAGUCUACCAGGGCGGGACAUAGUCAUUGCUAAUGCUGUAUUUGCUAUUAGCAAGGGAAAGAUACAGUUUAGCCAGCAGGAACUUAUGAAGAGGUGGUACCUGGCUCCUCGAUUGCCAGAAGAGGUCUUCAUCUUCUAA